GGCCCCAGGGUAGUGAGGAAGCCACGCAAUGGAGCACGUUGAUUAUGACCCAGGAGUUCACGUUACUGCUACGACGGAAACAAACGAUGAGGUGGAGGAGUUAGAGGAUGACAGCCCAGAAGAUUUAGUUUCCCUGAAGCAGGGCCUAGACUUGGCUCAGCUCCAGCAGGGAGAUGGUACAGUGUUUGAGGUGGAUGAGAAUGGACUGGUGGAGAAGAUGGGAAUCGCAGAGGCACAAGAAAAAGAAUACUUUUCAAAGGAAGCCAAAUUGGCAGUGUACAGUUCCGUAGCAGAAUGUGGUCUUCCAGAUGAUGAUGAAAGCACAGAGCAGUAUCACUCAGACGAUGACAAUGACACUGAUGAUGAAAGUGGUCCAUCACCCUUUCAGUUAUUAGCAAGAAACAUGCAGGACCUGACUCCUCCAGAGGGAGGGGUGUUAAAACAGGUGCUGAAGCCUGGCACAGGGGAUGUUGUUCCAAAAGAGGCAUUUGUCCAAGUACAUUACAAUGGAUACCUAGAGUACUCUGGAGAACCAUUUGACAGCACCAGAUUGAGAGACAGACAGUUUCGCUUUCAGCUGGGCAAAGGAGACACCAUCAUGGGGCUGGAAAUAGCAGUCUCUUCCAUGAGGAAGGGGGAGUUGGCAAGGUUUAUAUUUUCCUACAAAUAUGCCUAUGGAGAAAGAGGUUGUCCUCCAAGAAUUGGAGAGAAAGCAGACGUUAUGUUUGAGGUGGAACUGCUGAAUUUUUAUGACCAGGGUGCUGUGGAUGCAUUUUAUGAGAAAACUGAGGAAGAACGUCGAAAUGCGCCUUUAAGUGAAAUACUCAGAGUUGUGCAGCAUGAUAAACAGAAAGCAGGAGAGUUAUUCAAUAAACAGAAGUACAGACCUGCCUUGAAUUUAUACAGAAAGAUAAUCAGGACUCUUGAGGGAGUCCAUCUUCAAAAUGAUGAUGAGGAAAAGGAACAGCAAGACUUAUUGCAGAAAGUGUAUCUCAAUUCAGCCAACUGUAACACAAAACUUUCACGAAAUGCAGAUGCUGUGAGAGACUGCAAGAUGGUGAUGGAGAAGGAUCGGAACAAUGUCAAAGCAAUGUACUUACGAGCCAAAGCACUUUACCAGGAUGGAAAAUUUGAUGGUGCUAUAAACUGGAUUAAGAGGGCACAGGCAAAAAGCCCAAAUAACACAGACAUAAAUAAUUUACUGGGAAAAAUUAAUGAUGACAUGAACAGAUUCAGGCAACUAGAAAUUGACGUUUGCAAGAGGAUGUUUUCACAGCCAGGGCCAAAGGAAGAUCCCAAGAAGGAAAGUGAAUCUUCAAAAGGAAAUUGUUCUGAAGAAUUUAAGAGAUCUUCAAGAGAGGGACUUCUGGCAUUUAAAAACAAUCCAAAUUUAGAAGAGAUGCCAUUUACAGUUGCCACUUUUAGCAAGGAAGAGAUCGCCUGUGUUCUAGAAAUAGCUGAGGAACUUGGGCUAGUCAGGGAUGUUAAUCAAAAGGGUGGAAUCCUGACAGUCAAAUUUUUAAAGAAGAAAGGUGCUACUGAUGAUGUUGUACAGUAAAUUUUAACAUCAAAUUAUAAAAUGGCAAAAUAAAAAAACAGUUUAAGCAUAUAUUGAAGUAUGAUGAUAAACAAAAAUAGAUCAUACCUUUGCUGUAUGCUAGUGUUUCAUGCAUAAAGACCACAUGAAAAAUAAACUAUGAUAGAUCAGAAGCAAAAAUAAAACCAAUACUUUGUACCAACUGUUAAAUUAAUUGCAACCAAUAUCACUAAAAAAAGAGAACAAAAUAGACCUGAUACAUAUGGAAUAUAUUUCAGAAUUUAAAGGUCAAUAGAGUUAAGCAAAGUUAUUUUCCUGUCUCUUAUAUCAAAAUGAUUUUGCUUUGAGUAACCUUGUUCAUUUCGUACAUUCAGAGCCCAGUAUCUCGAAACCUUCGCUAUGUUGCGCACGUGCGCAAGCGUCUCGAUUCCAUAACAUGCCCAUACUUGUCCCAUAUAGCCUCUAUUUGAUAUAGCGAUUCGCAAUACGCGAUGCUUUCGAGAUACGGGGCCCAGGUCUCUUUUGUACCCAAGUUUCAUUGUAUAAAUGUAUAUAUAU